AUGAGUACACCUUCUAAAAAUACCAGUCCAGAAGCUGAUUCUGCUGCCUCUUGUCCAGUUGCCCCUGAAGCUAGAAACAAAUGGAUGGAUGCAUUGUGGGGUCCUACACCAAAACCAACUUCUUCAGCGGUAAAUAACGUCAACGAUUCCAUAAGAGCUUUACCCCCUAACCACCCAAAUGUCGAAAAUUCUAAAGGUGAAGAAGAAUCUAAAUGCCCAGUUAACCAUGAAGCUCGCCAAGUUUGGCUAAAAAAUUCACAAUCUCCAAAGGAUGCUACCGUUCCAAACACUACCACACAAGAUAUCGAAUGCUCUAGUACAGACCUACCUGAAGUGCUUGAGUAUAAAACCAAUGUUAACUUAUCAGAAGAACGUGAAAUCAGUUCUAUACCAAGAACUGGGAAACAUGAUAACUGGAUUUAUCCAUCUCAAAAACAAUUUUAUGAGGCAAUGCUGAGAAAAAAUUGGAAGCCAAAUACUGACGAUAUGAAGACAGUCAUCCCAAUUCACAAUAAUAUUAAUGAACGUGUCUGGAAUUUUAUUCAAAUGUGGGAAAAAAACCAAGGCGGUGAUAAAUGUGGUGGUAUUGAGUUAACCAGUUUUAAAGGUGAUGCUAAAAAAUUAACCCCUAGAGCCUGGAUUAGGAGCUCUAUUUUGGGAUAUUCAAAACCUUUUGAUAGACACGAUUGGACUGUUAAUAGAUGUGGUAAAGAAAUUGAUUAUGUUAUUGAUUUUUAUAAUGAAGAAGAUAGGCUUGGUAACCCAGAAAUUUUUUUGGAUGUUAGACCUAAAUUAAAUAGUUUUGAGGGUAUUAAAAUGAGAUUAUACAAGGCUUUUGGUCUGGAUUAA